AUGGGCGACGGGUCUGAUUAUCCCAGUCCAAGAAGCGAAGGUCCCAGCGGACCUACCUCCAUUCUCGUUGCCGCCCAAGAAUCCAUCUCUCCUACCCCCAAGAUGACCGAUCAAAUGUCCCCCAGUUUCAUGGAAGGGACGCGUCCGCGACUGUCGGUGAGACGUGCGCGGGAUCCGCCCAAAAACUCAACCGGCCAAAUCUUUUGCGACCACCCCGAAUGCCAGCAGUCGCCCCCGACGUUCCGUCGCCCGUGCGAGUGGAACAAACACAUGGACAAGCAUGAUCGCCCCUACAAAUGCCUCGAACCCGGCUGCGACAAGAUUCAAGGCUUUACCUACUCGGGCGGACUGCUCAGGCACCAGCGCGAAGUGCACAAGAAGAACGUCAACGCGAAGAAGCCGCUGAUGUGUCCGUAUACGGACUGCAAUCGCAGCACCGGGAAUGGCUUUACGCGCCAAGAGAACUUGAAGGAGCACCUUCGGCGCCGCCACAUGCACACUGAGAAUGGGCACGCGUCCGACCUACCCAUGGUGCCCAGUCCUGAACUGGACGGCGCCGUGUCCCUCCCCACCUCGGCGAUCAAGCGGAAGCGCGAGUCUCUGGACGGCGACGCCUCUGUCGAGCUUCCCGACGAAGAGGGACCCGACGUUGACAUGCACAACGAGCUCAAGCGUCUGCGACGCGAGGUCGAGGAGAAAGAUCGCCGGUUGGAAGAACUGGAGCGCAUUGUUUCCGGGCUUCAGCAAGCCAUGCCCCAGCCGACGAUGUCGCAGGGACAGAUGAACGCAACGUGA